AUGCGCCCGAUCUAUGGUCUGGCGCACUACAUCGUGUCUGCCUGCAGAAGCGCGUCAUACCCGAUCCGCGGCGUUUGGUACUUUUUGCGCCAUCCCGAGUUCUACCCGCUCUUCGUCGGCCGCCUGCUCCCGCUCUCCAUCAUCUCCUUCCUAGUAUACUUUCUCCUUUUUACCUUUACCUUCCUGCCGCAAUUCCUCUUCCUGCUCAUCUUCCAGGGCAGAGCGGGGGCCUUGUUCAAUACGACAGUGCUCGUGCUUGGCGAGGGGCUGGUGAUUAUCCAAGGCCUGUUCGAGGGCUUCUUUGUGGACGAAUGUCGCGUGGAUAUUUUUGAUGCCACCCUGAUCAACCAUGGACUCAUCGACCUUAUCGCGCCGCAACGUGUCUUGUUCGUCGAAGCCCCGAACUCGGUUAGAAUGCUUGGAAAGCCGACCAGUCGCGCCGAAUACCAGCCGUGGAGUCUGAUUCAAAUCGUUGAGCUGAUCGUCUGUCUCCCCCUAAACCUCGUGCCGUAUGUUGGCACCCCACUCUUCAUCAUGAUCACCGGCUCGCGCCUGGGCAAGCUGUCGCAUUACAGAUGGUACAAGUUGAGGGGCCUGAACAAGAAGGACGUGAAGCGGGAACUAAGAGCAAGAUGGUGGGAGUACCUGUGGUUUGGAACAGCUGCCAUGAUCUUGGAGCUCGUCCCGGUACUGAGCUUCUUCUUUUUGCUUACUACCACCGCCGGAGCGGCCAUGUGGGCGGCCAAGAUGGAAGAGCGCGCGAGGAUAAGAGUCGGGCGGCAAAUCACGGCGGAAGAUCGGGCGACUCAUCACGAUGCCGAGGGGCCGGUGUACCACGAUGAUCCUGUUUAA